AUGGCUACUGUUGAAGAGCUUGUGGCUCGCAAAGAGCAAUUGGCAUUGGAGGUCGAGUCUCUACGACAGUCGUUCAAACAGCUUGACGAUGAACUGGCUGAGAUCGAUGAGGAGGUGGAAGAAGACGUUGAAGAAGUCAACCAGGAGCUUUCCCACCACCAGUACUUUGACGAUCUUAUCCAGAGUCUGAUGAGCGAGGGGAUUCGCCAGGUGGAGGACGCGAAACGCGAGUCCAAUAAAGCGAAACGUCAGAAACGUGAGUCGGCAAAAGACCGGUCUGCCGCAGACUACACCGAACUGCAUUCCAAACUCGAACCCGCGAUCCAGCUAGAAAACGCGUACAGACUGGGGGGGAUCACCGGGUUCCCUGUCAAUGACCCACAAGCAAACGGUACCGACAGGUACUUGGGGAUCCGGUUCGACGUGUUUGACCAGGACUCUGCCACAUACGUCGUGCCGCACUAUGUGAUUCUCCGCAGACAACCUAAGAACGAUCAGUGGGAAAUCUUCAAAACCACGGUGCCCAAUUUCAUCCCGCUACACUCGAUCGCCUACGAGUACCUCAACGUCGACCUGAUCAAAUUUGCCAAACGCGUGCGACAGUAUCUGAUCCAGUUCCAGCUCAAGAAAGCCACUUUUCUGCGGCUCAAGGCCCGGCUACAGCCCCCAUCGGGGCUCGACCAUGAUCUCGAUUUCUCCAAGAUCAGCAUCACCCUCAACGAUACCGACGAGGUUGUUCUUAUAUGUGACCUGUUCAGAGUGUCGAAAGUGCAUGCCACGAGCGUCGGACCGCAGCCAUCGGCGGAAUUGCGCCAGCUGGAGAUUCUGUUGGCCGACUCCAAAAUCUACAAUUUUGACCAAAAAUUCCUAGCGGCCGCAAAAAAUAUUUACCCUAGUGUUUACACAUGA